AGCAGGAGCGCGGCCAUGGCUGGGUGAGUAACGCGGCUGCUAUCGCCGCCGCCGGCGCUCGGGCCCAUAGGGCCGCGGGAGGCUGCAGCUGGCGGGGAAGCUGCCCCGAGCCGGGGUCGGGGAGCGGCGGCGGAGUUCCGAGGGGGCCGGUGACCCCACUGGCGAGUCAGGCUCGGGCUGGACCGGGGAGAAGGCCGCUGUAGGGAGCUUCGGGGCGGCAGGCCCGGUCACUCUGCAGCCCUGGGCCCGCCUGAAAGCGCGGGCUGACGCAGGGCUGGAGAGGGAGCCCACUUGCCGCGGACAGGCUCGGUCCGGCGCCCCCCCACCCCUGACCCAGAGUCGCUUUGUUUCCCCGUUCGGCUUGGUCUUCCCUACCCGCGCCGGCCCUUUCCCUGCCAGAGGGCGGGUUUUGGGGCCUGGCGACCAGGCACUGGAGGGGCCGGAAUCCCCCCCCCCCAAGAGCCUGAGGAACCCGCCGUGGGCAGGUUUGGCAGGGCCCGGCCUGGGGCUGGGGCAGGAAGUAGGCGCUCAGCCAUUGUGCAGCUCCAGCUCUGGGCCUGGGGCCGGUUCCUGUCCCGGCUCGAAACGCGAUUCCGACAUUUGUGCAACCCUUCCCUGUCUUUGUCGCCUUUGAACCUCCCAGCAGCCCUGGGAGGAGGAAGGGAAGGCCCAGGAAGGGAGGGAGCUCAAACCUUUGACGUCACAUAGCUAGGAAGCUGUCUCACCCGACUGGAACCCUCUCCUGCCAACCCGGGCUGGGCCAGGGAUGACACAAAGUAGGGGGCAGAGAGGGCCGACACACCUGGAAUAGCUGAACAGGAUCUGAAAAACAGGAAUUUUUAUUUAGGGGCCCCCAGGAAUAGCUAUGGGAUGGGGGGGUCAUAUAGAUACAGAUAACUUGGGGAGACUCAUUUGGGAUGUGGAUAUCCACUACUUAAAAGGAACAGCAACUCUCAAAUUAUUGGUGUAGUUGUAGCCCUAGUCCGGGACCAUCUGCCUUUUGUACUUGGGGCACUUAGCCUGGAGUCACAGGAACUAGGUUUGAAUCCCAUCUCUUACCACCUGUGCAAAGUCACUUAACUUUUCAGAUCCUCAGGGUCCUCAUCUUUAAAAGGGGGGGGGGGUAGGGUUGGACUGGAUGACUUCUGAAGUCUGUGAUCCCUUUAGGGCUCAAACCAAGACCAGAGAGGCCUCAAGCAGGGGUCUGGCUCAGAAAUGUAAUUACUAUCAUUAACAGUAUAUGGCCCUUUUAAGUUUUACAAAGUACUUUUACGUAGGCUCUCUCAUUUGAAGGAGGCCCCACCUAGGCUAGGAUUGCUAUUUGGAGUGCCAGCUGACAUUGAUAGGGUUCAUUUUUAGGCAGGAUUGGGGAGGCCAGGCUACCAUCCCUGAGAUAAUCUUAGCAAAGGAAAAUCUAUGGUUCCCCCAGGAGAGAAAAGGAAGUCUAUGGAAAAGAAUAGGUUUUCCCCAUGGGGAUAAGCACCCAUGGCCUGAUCACCAUCCCCUCACCCUCACUCUCAGGUGCGAGAUUCCAGGCGGUGGCAGUGUUUUUCUAGAGGCUGAUGCAGCCAGUGUCUGGGCAUAGCAGGGGUGUUCCCUGUGCCCAUUCUCUCCCCCUCCUGUCCCAACGCCCUGGGGGGGCUGGCGAUGCGGUGAUGUAUGCCACGGAGUGCAAGGCGGAGGUGACACCCUCCCAACAUGGUAACCGGACCUUCAGCUACACCCUAGAGGACCACACCAAACAGGCCUUUGGCAUCAUGAAUGAACUUCGGCUCAGCCAACAGCUAUGUGAUGUGACCCUGCAGGUCAAAUAUGAAGAUGCGCCUGCUGCCCAAUUUAUGGCUCACAAGGUGGUACUCGCCUCCUCCAGCCCAGUUUUCAAGGCCAUGUUCACCAAUGGGCUUCGGGAGCAGGGCAUGGAAGUGGUCUCAAUUGAGGGUAUUCACCCCAAGGUGAUGGAACGACUCAUAGAGUUUGCCUACACAGCCUCCAUCUCCAUGGGGGAGAAAUGUGUACUGCAUGUGAUGAAUGGAGCUGUCAUGUACCAGAUUGACAGUGUAGUUCGGGCCUGCAGUGACUUUUUGGUGCAGCAGCUGGACCCCAGCAAUGCCAUUGGCAUUGCCAACUUUGCUGAGCAAAUCGGCUGUGCUGAACUCCAUCAGCGUGCCCGGGAGUACAUCUAUAUGCACUUUGGGGAGGUAGCAAAGCAAGAGGAAUUCUUUAACCUGUCCCACUGCCAGCUGGUCACACUUAUCAGCCGGGAUGAGCUCAAUGUGCGCUGUGAGUCCGAGGUCUUCCAUGCCUGCAUCAAUUGGGUCAAGUAUGACUGCGAGCAUCGCCGCUUCUAUGUUCAGGCCCUUCUGCGUGCUGUUCGUUGCCAUUCCCUCACACCCCACUUCCUGCAGAUGCAGCUGCAGAAAUGUGAGAUCCUCCAGUCAGACUCACGCUGUAAGGACUAUCUGGUUAAGAUAUUUCAGGACCUCACCCUGCACAAGCCCACCCAGGUGAUGCCCUGUCGGGCACCCAAGGUGGGUCAGCUCAUCUACACAGCAGGAGGCUACUUCCGACAGUCACUGAGCUAUCUGGAAGCUUACAACCCUUGUGAUGGCACUUGGCUCCGUCUUGCAGACCUGCAGGUGCCUCGAAGUGGCUUAGCAGGCUGUGUGGUGGGUGGGCUGCUCUAUGCUGUGGGGGGAAGGAACAAUUCCCCAGAUGGUAACACAGACUCCAAUGCCCUUGACUGCUACAAUCCUAUGACCAAUCAGUGGUCCCCCUGUGCACCCAUGAGUGUACCCCGGAAUCGUAUUGGCGUUGGUGUCAUCGAUGGCUUCAUCUAUGCUGUUGGGGGCUCCCAUGGCUGCAUUCACCAUAACAGUGUGGAGAGAUAUGAGCCAGAACGGGAUGAAUGGCACCUAGUAGCACCAAUGCUGACACAAAGAAUUGGGGUGGGAGUGGCUGUCCUCAAUCGCCUACUCUAUGCAGUUGGUGGCUUUGAUGGGACAAAUCGCCUCAAUUCUGCCGAAUGCUACUACCCAGAGAGGAACGAGUGGCGGAUGAUUGCUCCUAUGAACACUAUUCGAAGUGGGGCAGGGGUCUGUGCUCUACACAACUGCAUCUAUGCUACAGGAGGCUAUGAUGGCACUGACCAGCUGAACAGUAUGGAAAGAUAUGAUGUGGAAACAGAGACUUGGACUUUUGUGGCCCCCAUGAAACAUCGAAGAAGUGCUCUUGGGGUCACUGUACACCAAGGGAAGAUCUAUGUCCUUGGUGGAUAUGAUGGACACACAUUUUUGGACAGCGUAGAAUGCUAUGACCCAGCCACAGACACAUGGAGUGAGGUGACACAUAUGACUUCUGGCCGAAGUGGAGUAGGGGUGGCUGUGACCAUGGAACCUUGUCGAAAGCAGAUUGACCAACAGAACUGCACCUGUUAAAGGAUUUUUAUCUCUUUGGCAAAAUUGUCAAGUUGAGUUUUUUUGUAUGAAAACGAAAAACAAAGCAAAAAAAUAAUUUCCAAGACCAGAGGGUGGAAUAACAUUCAGUGUUAAAAUAACAACGCAGAAGCCAUCACAGGAACCCUGAAUUUGCCACUUUGGCCCUGAGAACAUUAAAAAAAAAAUGUGUUGCCAGGGACCCACUGGCUUAGGAGGAGUUUGGCAAAGGGAGGAUUCUUAGGAGUAGGGGCACUGGCAUCCAGUGCACCUAUGGGAGAGGGUCCACCUGCAGAAGAGGCCAGCAUCAGCUACCACCAUCCCUUGGAGGUGGGCAUAAGACCCAGGUCACAGCCACAAAUUCUAGCUCUCUGUUCCUGAAGCCUCUGUGUUGAGCAAGAAGAGUUUGGUGCCAGGAUAUAGGCAUGGAAACUUGGGGUGGGUGGGCUUGUACAUAGAAUUCCUGGGCUAGAUUAUAUUUGGGCUCUCUACAGUCAAUAUGGUAAGUUCCCUUGUAACUUUCAAACUGAAAUAAAGAUCAGACUAACUAGUGUUUUCA